UCAGAUCACCUAGGAAGAUGGUGGCCCUAUCCUUGAAGAUUUGUGUCCGCCACUGCAAUGUGGUAAAGACUAUGCAGUUUGAGCCUUCCACGGCUGUAUACGAUGCCUGUCGAGUCAUUCGGGAACGAGUCCCUGAGGCACAAACUGGUCAAGCUUCUGACUAUGGCCUGUUUCUCUCUGAUGAAGACCCCAGGAAAGGGAUCUGGCUGGAAGCGGGCAGAACACUGGAUUAUUACAUGUUGCGGAAUGGGGAUAUUCUGGAAUAUAAAAAGAAGCAGAGGCCUCAGAAAAUCCGCAUGCUGGAUGGCUCAGUGAAGACCGUGAUGGUGGAUGACUCCAAGAUGGUGGGCGAGCUGCUGGUCACUAUCUGCAGCAGAAUAGGAAUAACAAACUAUGAAGAAUACUCUUUAAUCCAAGAAACAAUGGAAGAAAAGAAGGAGGAAGGGACGGGGACACUGAAAAAAGACAGAACUCUGUUACGGGAUGAAAAGAAAAUGGAGAAGCUGAAGGCCAAGCUCCACACAGAUGAUGACUUGAAUUGGCUAGAUCAUAGCCGAACAUUCAGAGAACAAGGAGUGGAUGAGAAUGAGACACUGCUGCUGAGACGGAAGUUCUUCUACUCUGAUCAGAACGUAGACUCCAGAGACCCUGUGCAGCUGAACUUGCUCUAUGUGCAGGCUCGGGAUGACAUCCUGAAUGGCUCACAUCCCGUAUCCUUCGAGAAAGCUUGUGAGUUUGGUGGAUUUCAAGCUCAGAUCCAGUUUGGACCUCAUGUGGAACAUAAGCAUAAACCUGGAUUCUUAGAUCUCAAAGAAUUCCUGCCCAAAGAAUACAUUAAGCAGAGAGGUGCUGAAAAGAGAAUAUUUCAGGAACACAAGAACUGUGGAGAGAUGAAUGAAAUAGAAGCCAAGGUCAAGUAUGUCAAACUGGCUCGCUCCCUCCGGACCUAUGGAGUAUCCUUCUUUCUGGUGAAGGAAAAGAUGAAAGGCAAAAACAAGCUAGUGCCUCGCCUGCUGGGGAUCACCAAGGACUCGGUGAUGCGGGUGGAUGAGAAGACCAAGGAGGUGCUACAGGAGUGGCCACUCACCACAGUCAAACGCUGGGCAGCCUCUCCCAAGAGCUUCACUCUGGAUUUUGGGGAGUAUCAAGAAAGCUAUUAUUCAGUCCAAACCACUGAGGGAGAGCAGAUAUCCCAGCUGAUUGCCGGCUACAUUGAUAUCAUCCUAAAAAAGAAACAAAGCAAAGACAGAUUUGGACUAGAAGGUGAUGAGGAGUCGACUAUGUUAGAGGAGUCAGUUUCCCCAAAAAAAUCCACCAUCCUGCAGCAGCAAUUCAACCGGACAGGAAAAGUGGAGCAUGGCUCAGUGGCACUGCCUGCCGUUAUGCGCUCAGGAUCCAGCGGCCCUGAGACCUUCAAUGUGGGCAGUAUGCCCUCACCACAGCUGCAGGUCCUGGUGGGUCAGAUGCACCAUGGCCACAUGCCCCCACUGACUUCAGCCCAGCAGGCCCUCAUGGGCACCAUCAACACAAGCAUGCACGCUGUCCAGCAGGCCCAUGAGGACCUCAGCGAGCUCGACGCCCUGCCACCUCUUGGCCAGGACAUGGCAUCUAGGGUCUGGGUUCAGAAUAAAGUGGAUGAAUCUAAACAUGAAAUUCAUUCUCAAGUGGAUGCCAUCACAGCUGGAACUGCUUCCGUUGUUAAUCUCACAGCUGGUGACCCUACAGACACUGACUACACAGCCGUGGGCUGUGCCAUCACCACCAUCUCCUCCAACCUGACUGAGAUGUCCAAGGGCGUGAAGCUGCUGGCGGCCCUCAUGGACGACGAGGUGGGCAGCGGGGAGGACUUGCUCCGUGCAGCCCGGACUCUGGCUGGAGCAGUGUCAGACCUGCUGAAGGCCGUGCAGCCCACUUCUGGGGAGCCUCGACAGACAGUCCUGACCGCUGCUGGAAGUGUUGGCCAAGCCAGCGGGGAUCUUCUGAGGCAGAUCGGAGAGAAUGAGACGGAUGAGCGGUUCCAAGAUGUUCUGAUGAGUUUGGCCAAAGCUGUAGCCAAUGCUGCUGCCAUGCUGGUGCUCAAGGCCAAGAACGUGGCACAGGCGGUGGAAGACACAGUCCUGCAGAACAGGGUCAUUGCGGCAGCCACCCAGUGUGCCCUCUCUACCUCACAACUUGUGGCAUGUGCCAAGGUGGUGAGUCCCACCAUCAGCUCCCCAGUGUGCCAGGAGCAGCUGGUGGAGGCGGGGAAGCUCGUGGACCGCUCAGUGGAGAGCUGCGUGCGGGCCUGCCAGGCGGCCACCGAUGACCGGGAGCUGCUGCAGCAGGUCAGCGCAGCGGCCAGCGUGGUCAGCCAGGCCCUGCACGACCUCCUGCAGCACGUGCGCCAGUUCGCCAGCCGCGGGGAGCCCAUCGGCCGCUACGACCAGGCCACGGACACCAUCAUGUGUGUCACCGAGAGCAUCUUCAGCUCCAUGGGCGACGCUGGUGAGAUGGUACGCCAGGCCCGCGUCCUGGCACAGGCCACCUCGGACCUCGUCAAUGCCAUGAGGUCAGAUGCAGAAGCUGAAAUCGACAUGGAAAAUUCCAAGAAGCUCUUGGCAGCUGCCAAACUCCUGGCCGACUCCACGGCACGCAUGGUGGAAGCUGCAAAGGGUGCUGCAGCUAAUCCAGAGAAUGAGGCCCAGCAGCAGAGGCUGAGAGAAGCCGCAGAGGGUUUGCGGGUGGCCACCAAUGCUGCUGCCCAGAAUGCCAUCAAGAAAAAAAUCGUCAACCGCCUAGAGGUGGCAGCUAAGCAGGCAGCAGCUGCUGCCACCCAGACCAUCGCCGCCUCCCAGAAUGCGGCUGUGUCCAACAAGAACCCUGCAGCUCAGCAGCAGCUGGUCCAGAGCUGCAAGGCUGUGGCUGAUCACAUCCCUCAACUGGUUCAAGGAGUCCGGGGCAGCCAGACCCAAGCAGAAGACCUUAGUGCCCAGCUGGCUCUCAUUGUUUCCAGUCAAAACUUCCUGCAGCCUGGAAGCAAGAUGGUGGCAUCUGCCAAGGCCGCGGUGCCCACAGUGAGUGACCAGGCUGCAGCCAUGCAACUGAGCCAAUGCGCCAAGAACCUGGCCACCAGCUUGGCAGAGCUGCGAACCGCCUCGCAGAAGGCUCAUGAAGCUUGUGGUCCCAUGGAGAUCGAUUCUGCUUUGAGCACAGUGCAGACACUCAAGAGUGAGCUACAGGACGCCAAGAUGGCCUCAGUGGAGAGUCAGCUGAAGCCACUACCAGGGGAAACACUGGAGAAGUGUGCACAGGACCUGGGAAGCACGUCAAAAGCUGUGGGCUCCUCCAUGGCGCAGCUGCUGACAUGCGCUGCCCAAGGCAACGAGCACUACACAGGGGUAGCUGCUAGAGAAACAGCCCAAGCACUGAAAACUCUGGCCCAGGCCGCCCGAGGCGUGGCUGCAUCCACCAGUGACCCCACAGCCACUCACGCCAUGCUCGACUCAGCUCGAGAUGUGAUGGAGGGCUCGGCCAUGCUUAUCAGGGAAGCCAAGCAGGCCCUGAUUGCACCUGGUGAUGCUGAGAGUCAACAGAGACUGGCUCAGGUGGCGAAAGCUGUCUCACACUCUCUCAACAACUGCGUGAACUGCCUCCCGGGACAGAAGGAUGUGGAUGUGGCCCUGAAGAGCAUCGGAGAGUCUAGCAAGAAGCUAUUGGUGGACUCGCUACCACCCAGCACGAAGCCUUUCCAGGAAGCCCAGAGUGAGCUCAACCAAGCUGCGGCUGACCUGAACCAGUCCGCGGGGGAGGUGGUCCACGCCACCCGGGGCCAGAGUGGGGAGUUGGCUGCAGCUUCAGGGAAGUUCAGCGAUGAUUUCGAUGAAUUCCUGGAUGCUGGCAUUGAGAUGGCGGGCCAAGCCCAGACAAAAGAAGACCAGAUCCAGGUAAUCGGGAAUCUCAAGAAUAUCUCUAUGGCAUCCAGUAAGCUAUUGUUGGCUGCCAAGUCUCUCUCUGUAGACCCAGGAGCACCCAACGCGAAAAAUCUCCUGGCUGCAGCUGCAAGAGCUGUGACCGAGAGCAUCAACCAACUUAUUACUCUGUGCACCCAGCAAGCCCCUGGCCAGAAGGAGUGUGACAACGCCUUGCGGGAGCUUGAGACCGUCAAGGGGAUGUUGGACAAUCCAAAUGAACCUGUGAGUGAUCUCUCCUACUUCGACUGCAUCGAGAGUGUGAUGGAGAACUCUAAGGUCCUGGGCGAGUCCAUGGCAGGAAUCUCACAGAAUGCCAAGACUGGGGACCUCCCUGCUUUCGGAGAAUGUGUUGGGGCAGCGUCCAAAGCACUUUGCGGGCUGACGGAGGCCGCGGCUCAGGCUGCCUACCUGGUUGGCAUCUCAGAUCCAAACAGCCAGGCGGGCCACCAGGGCCUUGUGGACCCCAUACAGUUUGCCAGGGCCAACCAGGCUAUCCAGAUGGCAUGCCAGAGCCUGGUGGACCCAGGCAGCAGCCCCUCCCAGGUGCUGUCCGCUGCUACCAUUGUGGCCAAGCACACCUCGGCCUUGUGCAAUGCCUGCCGCAUUGCCUCCUCCAAGACAGCCAACCCAGUGGCCAAGAGGCACUUCGUCCAGUCUGCCAAGGAAGUGGCCAACAGCACUGCCAAUCUGGUAAAGACCAUCAAGGCCCUGGAUGGAGAUUUCUCUGAAGACAACCGCAACAAGUGUCGUCUGGCCACGGCUCCCUUGAUUGAUGCAGUGGACAACCUGACAGCAUUUGCCUCCAAUCCUGAAUUCGUCAGCAUUCCUGCCCAGAUCAGCUCUGAGGGCUCCCAGGCACAAGAACCAAUCCUGAUCUCAGCCAAGACCAUGCUGGAGAGUUCCUCAUACCUCAUCCGCACAGCUCGCUCCCUAGCCAUCAACCCCAAAGACCCACCCACCUGGUCAGUGCUGGCAGGACAUUCCCACACUGUGUCUGACUCUAUCAAGAGUCUCAUCACAUCCAUCAGGGACAAGGCCCCUGGACAGAGGGAAUGCGACUACUCCAUUGACGGCAUCAACCGAUGCAUCAGGGACAUUGAGCAGGCCUCGCUGGCUGCUGUCAGCCAGAGCUUGGCCACGAGGGAUGAUAUCUCAGUGGAGGCCCUACAGGAGCAGCUGACCUCAGUGGUGCAGGAAAUCGGGCAUCUCAUUGACCCCAUCGCCACGGCAGCUCGGGGAGAAGCAGCUCAGCUGGGGCAUAAGGUGACCCAGCUGGUGAGCUACUUCGAGCCCUUGAUUUUAGCCUCUGUGGGUGUGGCCUCCAAGAUCUUAGACCACCAGCAGCAGAUGACAGUGUUGGACCAGACCAAGACGCUGGCAGAGUCGGCCCUGCAGAUGUUGUACGCAGCCAAGGAAGGGGGAGGAAACCCCAAGGCCCAGCACACCCACGACGCCAUCACCGAGGCUGCCCAGCUCAUGAAGGAAGCCGUAGAUGACAUCAUGGAAACACUGAAUGAAGCUGCCAGUGAGGUGGGGCUAGUGGGAGGCAUGGUGGACGCCAUUGCAGAGGCCAUGAGCAAGCUGGAUGAAGGCACUCCUCCAGAACCAAAGGGCACCUUCGUCGACUAUCAGACAACUGUAGUUAAAUACUCCAAAGCCAUUGCGGUAACAGCUCAGGAAAUGAUGACUAAGUCGGUUACUAACCCGGAGGAGUUGGGAGGACUGGCCUCACAAGUCACCAGUGACUAUGGGCACCUGGCUCUGCAGGGCCACAUGGCAGCAGCCACGGCGGAGCCAGAGGAGAUCAGCUUCCAGAUACGCACCCGAGUGCAGGACCUGGGCCACGGCUGUAUCUUCCUCGUGCAGAAAGCAGGGGCCCUGCAGGCAUGCCCCUCCGACAGCUACACCAAGAGGGAGCUGAUCGAGUGCGCCCGCACCGUCACGGAGAAGGUAUCCUUGGUGCUCUCAGCUCUCCAGGCUGGCAACAAGGGGACGCAGGCCUGCAUCACAGCUGCUACGGCCGUGUCUGGGAUCAUCGCUGACCUGGACACCACCAUCAUGUUUGCCACUGCCGGGACGCUCAAUGCCGAGAACAAUGAGACCUUUGCAGACCACAGGGAGAACAUCCUGAAGACGGCCAAGGCCCUGGUGGAGGACACGAAGCUGCUGGUGUCUGGUGCUGCAUCUACCCCAGACAAGUUGGCCCAGGCUGCCGAGUCCUCGGCGGCCACUAUCACACAGCUGGCUGAGGUGGUGAAACUGGGCGCAGCCUCCCUGGGUGCUGAUGACCCAGAGACCCAGGUGGUGCUGAUCAAUGCCAUCAAGGAUGUGGCCAAGGCACUGUCCGAUCUUAUCGGAGCCACCAAGGGAGCAGCCAGCAAACCAGCUGAUGACCCCUCCAUGUACCAGCUCAAGGGCGCUGCCAAGGUGAUGGUGACCAAUGUGACGUCCCUCCUCAAGACUGUGAAGGCGGUAGAGGAUGAGGCCACGCGUGGUACGCGGGCGCUGGAGGCCACAAUUGAGUACAUGAAGCAGGAGCUCACGGUGUUCCAGUCAAAGGAGGCGCCUGAGAAGACAUCGUCCCCGGAGGAGUCCAUCAGGAUGACCAAAGGCAUCACCAUGGCCACGGUCAAGGCUGUGGCUGCGGGCAACUCAUGCCGGCAGGAGGAUGUGGUCGCCACUGCCAACCUGAGCAGGAAGGCUGUGGCCGACAUGCUCAUGGCCUGCAAGCAAGCGUCUUUCCACCCUGAUGUCAGUGAGGAGUUGCGCAACAGAGCCCUGCACUAUGGGACUGAGUGUACACUGAGCUACCUGGACCUGCUGGAGCACGUGCUGGUGAUUUUGCAGAAACCAACACCCGAACUCAAGCUCCAGCUGGCUGGUUUUUCCAAACGUGUGGCAAGCGCUGUGACUGAGCUCAUUCAGGCAGCUGAAGCCAUGAAAGGGACAGAGUGGGUGGAUCCCGAAGACCCAACCAUCAUUGCAGAAACGGAAUUGCUGGGAGCAGCAGCGUCCAUUGAGGCUGCUGCUAAGAAGUUGGAGCAACUGAAGCCGAGAGCGAAGCCCAAACAAGCGGACGAGACUCUGGAUUUUGAAGAACAGAUCUUGGAAGCUGCUAAGUCGAUUGCUGCUGCCACCAGUGCCCUGGUAAAAUCGGCCUCGGCAGCCCAGAGAGAGCUGGUGGCCCAAGGAAAGGUGGGCUCCAUUCCUGCCAAUGCUGCAGAUGAUGGACAGUGGUCCCAGGGCCUGAUUUCUGCCGCCAGGAUGGUGGCAGCUGCAACCAGCAGCCUGUGCGAGGCAGCCAACGCCUCGGUCCAGGGCCACGCCAGUGAGGAGAAGCUCAUCUCGUCUGCCAAGCAGGUCGCUGCAUCCACAGCCCAGCUGCUCGUGGCCUGCAAGGUGAAGGCCGACCAGGACUCGGAGGCCAUGAGGCGCCUACAGGUGGCAGGAAAUGCUGUGAAACGAGCCUCAGACAAUCUUGUUCGUGCUGCCCAGAAGGCCGCAUUUGGCAAAGCCGAUGAUGAUGAUGUUGUAGUGAAAACAAAGUUUGUAGGGGGCAUUGCUCAGAUCAUCGCUGCCCAGGAGGAAAUGCUAAAGAAAGAGCGAGAACUAGAAGAAGCAAGGAAAAAGCUGGCCCAGAUUCGUCAGCAGCAGUAUAAGUUCCUACCCACUGAACUGAGGGAAGAUGAAGGCUAAGGCCAGAGCCUAGGGGGCGAGCACUAGGGGACGUCUCUGCAAAAACUGGACACACUCUGCUCUGGAAAGGCUGGGCUCCAGCCUGGGAGCCACUCACCUCCCCCUGAGCCAGCACUACUCCUGGAGCUUGUGCCCCUUCUCUGUCCUGCCGGCCAUGGCUGCAUGAUCAUGAUGUCACAUGGUAGUGUCUCACCCACAGCGCCUCGGCCCCUCCCCACACCUCACUGUAUCUCAGGAGAGAGGGGCUCACACAUGUUGGUGGAUGGCCACCCCACACAGGAAGUUCAGUAUUAUCUCAUUCUCAGACACUGGCUUUGCUUGAUCCUUGUCUAGGUCUCUUGCUGAAAUCUCUGUAGGAAAAAAACAGCAAGAUCUCAGAGGAAGUGAUUGAUGUGAUAGAUUCUGAAAGAUAUGCUUCUCUGACUCAGGAGAAGGUGCAAGAGACAGCUGGACAUGGUGGUAAAAAUUGGGAACGUAGGUCACUGUGGACUCCAAGAGGGCAGCUGUGUCUCCAGUGCUGGCUCGAGGGAGAGUUUCUGCUCCCGUUUGCACGCUUUCUUGCCUCUGUGUGUAAGCUCCUUGUACAGCCUAGACCCAUCUUGUAUCCUGUGGCCCCGGAAGUCAAAUGGCUAUUUUUUUUUCCUUCAUGAUCCCAAGGGCAGAGGGGUGGGGCCUAUCAGGGCGUGGCGUGCAGAGGCUGUAAUAAAAGAUGUGGCUCCUUA